CCGGGCCGGGCGAGGCGGGGCCGCCGCAGGCAGCGCGGGCAGCGCGGGGAGCCCGGCGCGGCCCCGGCCCCGGCCCCGGCCCCGGCCCCGCCGCCGCCCCAUGACGCCCAGCGGGCGCCCCGCGGGGCCCCGCCGCUCCCCCCAGGCCUGGACCGUGAAUUUGGUUGCGAUGGAGACCGUGUCCCUGGAGCACCAGAUCCAGAGCGUGCAGCGGCACAUCGCUUUCCUGAAGAAGGAGCAGAUGGAGCUGCUCCAUGACCUGCACCUGGAGAUCCUCCGCUUGCAGAAGCACUGCUCAGAGCUCACCCAUGACCUGGAAAUAAAAGAGCUGGAAGCCCGCCAGCAAGACAUCCUGGACCGGGAGCUGGAGGAGAAGUGCCGAGCGAUGGAGGCCCAGCUGCAAGAGAAGGAGAAGGACAACCUGGAGCUGCGCAAGGAGCUGCAGCACAAGGAGACGCUGGUGGCCGCGCUGCGGUCCAGCCUCCGCAACAAGGAGCGCCGGUUCCUGGAGGAGCUGAAGCGGCGGAGCCACCGCGUCACCAUCCUCGACACCGAGCUGAAGAAGCAGACGGAGGCUGCCGCCUACCUCUCCCUGCAGCUGCACGCCACGGCCCAGCGCUUGCCGGGUCCCCGGGCAGGCGGGCGGCCACCCCCCGAGCAGCCCCCCGCCGGCUCCCCGGCCGAGGGCAGAGCCCGGCGCCGCGGCCACAGGGCUCACCCCCGGCGCCCGCCUGGGGACGGCACCCGGCCCAGGGACCCCGUGCAGGAGGAACACGACGCCAUGCCUGACCCGGCCCUCUUCCUCUACACGGCGCGGCCGCACGCCCCACACCGCCCGCCACCAGAGCCCCCCGCCCAGGCCCGUGGCGCGGCGAGCGCCGCCGCAGCCCCCCGGGUGCAGAGGUCCCCCCGGCAGCCCGCACAGGAGCCGGCGGCCAGGGCCAGGUCGGCCAAGGGCGAGCCCGGCAAGAGGCAGGGGUCCGGCCCCCGCGGUGCCCCCCGGGCCCAGGAGUAGGCGGCGAGGGUGCGGGACGGCCCGACUGGCCGGGAAGGCCUGAGCCCGGCAGCACCGGGGUGGGCGCCGGCUGAGGUUGCUUUCCCCCGUCCCCUCGGAGGGGAAGGGGCAGCGGAAAGCGGAUGCCCUGCCCGCACCUCCUGCCUGCAGGCAGCCAGGGAGGAUCCCCUUGCCCAAAGGGUCUGAGCCAGGGGUGCUGCCGGCAGCGCUGCGGGGCAGGUGGGCAACCCGGCACGGUGUCUGCGGAGUGGAAACAGCCUGUCCAGAGCUUCCAAGGGAGAGAAGAGAAGAGAAGAGAAGAGAAGAGAAGAGAAGAGAAGAGAAGAGAAGAGAAGAGAAG